GGUCCCCCGCCGUACUGAACAACGGUCGCCGCUCUGCAUCGCGCCGAGGAGCAGCGCACGCCGGCGACGUCGCUUCUCCGCUCGAUCUCUCGAUCAAUCCGCUGGGUCGCCGCCGCCGCGGCCGCCGUUUAUAACCGCGUAUCGCAGGCCGCCGGCGGAGCUCUCAGUAGCACGUUAACCGUUGCCGUCGCUGCCGCCGUCGCAGCAGCAGCAGCAGCAGCAGUAGCGCCGCGCCGUGCCACCACGUCGUUAUUACGCCGCCGCUCCGCCCGCACACGGACGUGGAAACGGAGACAAGUAGAUGACCAUACUUACCACUUAUAUUAUACACGUAUAAUACAACCAGGAAAAUGGAUCUGACAGAACAAUUAGACUUCGCAAUCACUUCUCCACGCUUCUCGGCAAUUGGCAGACGACGACGACGACGAACGACUUAGAGGACUCAAAUACUAAUAAGCUUUGACGACGACGACAAAAUAUAAGUUCAACGAGGUGUUAUUUGAUUUAUAAGAAAUUUUUUUUCGUAAAACGUGUGCUCAAUUUUUUGUUUAACUCGAAAUACGUCUGCCGUAUAAUUUAUAGUAAUAAUAUUAAUUAAUAAGCGAACGAAUCGAAAUCGUAGAAACCGCGACGAAAAUGCAAAUAACACGCGGUCGGCCGGUAAGGCGAGAGGGCGGCGACGGCCUCGCGUCAUGAUGAGCUGAUGGAUGACGACGGACCGGCAGCGGUGGACGACGCGGCGGCGGCGAUCGAGAAGCAGUUAGAGCAGCAGCAGCGUGAAGAGGCGGAGAGGAAGCGGCUGGAGGAGCUCCGGGAGCGGGUGCUAUUCUACCUGACCACGUUCUUCAUACUUCUGGGCAUCGUCAGCCUGUUCGUGUUUCUGUUCCUUGUGCCGUUCCUCAUCGAGCCGGCCAUCACGACUUUAUUAAUGGAGUUCGAUGAGACGCCGACCACUUGCGUGACCGCCUACUCACAGAUCCGUGAGGGUGCGUCCAACUGCUCGCUGCCGGGUGGUUGGGCGUCGUGCCGGGAGGGCUGCACCCGAGAGAUAUAUGAGUGCGCGCAGAUAUUCGUCAACUACACCGUACCUGAGGACCGGGCAGGAGACUUGAACGCCCGACACCGGCGGUCGCUGCUCGUCCGUGGCUACCGGCCCAUCGAGCCCGAGCCGGCUGCUGGAUGGGCGUAUUCUCUGGCCCGCAUAUACCCCAAUGUCAAGGGGUGCGGUUACCCGCCGCACCUGAACUGCACCGAGUUCCGGAACCGGUAUUUCGAGGUGGGCGCCAGUUACCCGUGCUACUACAGUCGCAAAGAACCGUGGGUGGUCAUCACCGAACUAGACCUAGCCAAGAGCACUAGACAGCUAGUUUACUCUAUGGUUUUCCCCAUUCCGUGUUUCGUCGUGUCCGUCGUGUACGUAGCGCUCGCGUAUUUCUGCGUUUAUGCUGGCCGGCACCGCAAGCCCAAGGUCAAGCGCCGCGUCGUCCGGCGGAUGGUCGGCGGCGGCGGCGCGACCGGAAGCGGUGCGGGCUACGGUCCUGGUGGUUCCGCGUCUCGGGCCAAGUCUGCAGGUUCGGAGGCUACGCCGCUAACCAACAACAGCGGCGCAGCUGCCGCGCCUUCUUCGCCCACCGGAACCGGGACGCCCGGCAGCGAACCGUUGUACCGCCGACGAGGUGACGAGAACGAAGACGACGAUACGUCCGGAACGUAUUACGGCGAUCAACUCAGGUCAACGCUGGCCGUGGACGACUCCGCCGCCGACUACGUGAAUGCGCUCCGUCUAUCCGAACACACGCUCAGACAAUCAGACUCUAACGAACCGUCCAGAGGCGAGUGGUCCGAUGCCGACGGAGACUGCGACGAUGACGAUUGCGAAGCGAGCGUGUGCGAUAGCAGCCUCGAACAGUCCAGAAAAACUGUCUCCGCUACCGCUCCUACCGCACCGUUUCCAACCAAUUCCACCGGAAACUUGACCAAGACGAUGACGACGUGUAUCUUAACUCCCCCUGGGCCGACGGCGGAAGUCUGAAAAGAAAUCUGCAUCACAUCGAUAACAUUUCCUGGAAGCCCACCAAAUGAUUUAAUAUGAUACGCGACACUAUUUAAUAGUAUUAUAAUAAUUUCCGAUCCUUAUCGCGCGGACUGUUUUCAUUUUUCAUAUAAUAAUACCUUAACGCGUUUACAACAUAAUAUUGUUAUAUACCUAUAGAUAACGUUUGAUUAAAUUUUCACUCAGAUUAAAAUAUAGUGGUUUUCCGCUGCAAGUUUAAAUUAUGAUUAUAUAAUAUAUUUACUACGUUAAUUUGUCUGCAGUACCAUUAGCAAUCAUAUAGGAUACCUAUCAUUAAUCUAGGUCAAUAUAAAUAUUAUGUAUCCGGUUUAGAUACCCGGUACCGCUGACAACACGAUCGCGAUUCGGGGUGGCCAGUGUUUCAGAGUCCUCACAAUAUAUUGUCUUAAUUUGCACUUACUAAAUAAUAUAUUAUAUAAUAUGUAAGAAGCACUCGGGCAACAGUUUUAGUAUCCGACCGAUCGUAUUUUAUUCGACCAAUAUGUGACUUGUGUGGGUGCCACCGUGCGUGUCUAUUAAAUAGAAAACCAUUCGGCGAUAAUCUAUUGAUUCGGUUAAUCAUUAUAGGUAUAAUAUUAUAUGUACAAAGUCCAGACGUCUUAGUGGCGUCUUGGAGACGUUUGGAAUCAGUUUUUUAAACACGUUUUCGUUAUAUUAAAAAAAAAUUAAAUCGCUUUGUGUAUAUAAUAAUAUUAUUCACAAGAAUCCGUACAAAGCCAAAGCUUUUUUCGUACUAAAGAAAUAUAUUAACUUUGAUAUCGCGGAGUGAAGAAAAACAUUCUAUUUAAAUUUGCAGGAAAACUUUCCGAAAGACCGUACGGUUUUCGAACUUCUUCAUAUAUAUGUAUAUCAUUUUUUCGUGGACUUUGGCGCGCGCUUUUCGCACGAACGAGUACGAUAUAUACAGGACGAGCAGCAGAGUUUUACUGUUUUCCCGUUUCAACUACGUUUCAUAAUAUCAACGUUAUAAGAACGUGUGAAAACAUAGCUCAGUGACCCGCCCUGUAUAUACAAUUGGCUAUAGUGGCGUGUUUAUAUCAUCAUCACAUACGUAUAUGGCAUUGUCCGUUAAAUUUGGUACAAUAGUAAUUUGUAAUAAUAACAACAACAACAACAACAACAACAACACUACUAUUGGCACAUAUACCUACCAACAAUAAUAUUAUUAUAAAUGAUAAAGGUAAACCAAACUAUAGGAGGGGUUGUAUCGAUAAUAUUAUUAUUAUUGUAGUGGCUGGUGGCUUUUGUUUCGUCUAUCUGCGUAUAUAGGUACUAUACGUAACCCGGACACGCAGUGAUUGACACGUAUGAUACAUAUAAUUGCAAUAAUCAUCGCAAGUCGUUGGAAUCAGUUCGCGACCCUAUUGUCGAUGCUCAAUAUUAUGACGUUUAAUCAUAAAUAAUAUGAUGAUAAUAGGUGUGCGUGCUGGGUAAGAAUUGGCCGACAUCUCUGUCGAGUCUCUCUAAAUAAAGGUGCCUACAUACGUACUAUACAUUUAUAAUUUUUUUUGCAAUUUAGAAAGUGAACUCAAUAUUCUUGUUUUUCUAUUCUUUAUUUAUUCUGUACAAAUUGAGAGAGAGAGAGAGAGAUACUAAUACCAAUAAUUUAGAGUACCUAUAUAGAUCUAGACUAAAUGUUGUAAAUUUAAUUUUCAGAAAAAUAAAGGCCGCGGCGUAUUUCACUUAAACAAGAAUACGUAUUAUAUCGAUGGAUACAAAUAUUUUACAAUAUAACAAUCAGUUUUGUUUAGGUUUUUACGAGUAUAGUGCGAGGUGUGGAAUCAAGGCCCUCCCCAUUUUUUUUCCAACAUUUUAGAAAAAUUGCAAAACAGUGAAGUCGUACAGUGUACCUUACACUUGCUCGUAUGAUUAUCGUUCACCGGUAGGGUUUCUAUCCCCAAUAUAUAGUAGUCGAUCAUUGGAGAAACAAAUUUUGUAGGUCCUAAUAGAAAAAUAUGUCUGGCCACCCCCGAAGUACAGUAUGCAUGAUGUUUAUUAUAUUAUGGCGUGUGACGGCUACUGUGUAGGUACUAUUUAGCUUCCGAAUAAUAAUAAUAAUAAUAAUUAUUAUUAUUUUUGUAUAUAUGGCCGAAUAGAAAACGCGAUUUCAACUCUGCAUUCGUCGAUAAAUUAUUGAUUAUGAGUAGGUAUCUCUAACUAGACGUGCUAGAUUUUUAUAGCCGUAAAACGCCAUUUCGUACAUAGUGGGUGCCAUUUUCUAUUUUCACUUAUUCAAUAGGAAUUAUUAUUGUUGUUGUUGUUGCACACCCAUAAUAUUGAACUCAGAUAAGUGUAUACCUUGUAAUGGUAUUAUAUACCUGCAGAACACCGAUAUAACAAUAUUAAAAAAUUAAAAAAUAACCGCUUGAAGUGCACCGCUUUUACAGGACGAUGAAAUAUUGGCUAAAAUUCUAUUGUUAUUAUUUAAUUUACAUUUUUAAAAACUAAAUCUAUUAUAAUAUACUUAAAUAUCAUUUCCAAAAAGACUGAUACGUGCUAUUCGUUGUAGAUAUAAUAAUAUUAUUGUGACGUGUUUAAUAUUAAAUGAUGAGUAGUCGUAA